GUUUUAUUAGCCGUCGUGUUUAGUGGUCGAAAAUGCUUGUUUUGGGAUGGGUUGGACUGGCUUCCGGCCACAUUCGGUAACUUUCUAUGAGACUGUCACGUUGACCUCACAAAAAAGUCUCAAAAUCAUAAUUUCAAGCCCAAGAAAGAAUUUUUAUCUCAAUGGAGCCAUCUAAUCACAAUCCCCCGUGUCGUCGGCUCCCACGACCAGCCCGACAAGCACAAUGCCCCUCCUCAAACUCUCCAACGAACUCCUCCUCGAAGUCGCCAGCUAUUUAGAAUGGGACAGCGACAUCAAUACCCUCAUGCAGGUCUCCGGCCGAACAUACUACUUAAUUUCACACAGAUUGUUCUGGCACAACGUGUUCUGGGCCGAGAGCACAGCGUUUAAAUGGGCGCUGUACCGUGGCUAUGCAUCGGUUGUCGAGCAGGCCCUUGACGCCGGGGCGUGGACGAACAUCGAGUACGGGUCGUUCUCGGGCCCGCUGGACGUGGCGAUAUAUUAUGGCUAUGCUGAUGUGGUGAAGGUGUUGCUGGAGAGAGACAUUGGCUUUGACGAGGAUCCAACGUGGAUGGUUAGUUCGGCUAAUGGGAUACUUGAGAUUGGGGAUAAGUCGCCUCUGUAUAAAGCGCUCGCGCGAGGUCAUCCGGAUGUGCUGCAGGUGUUUUUCUCGUAUGUUAAGAAGUAUCAGGGGUAUGAUGUGGGCAAACGGUCACGGCCUGUGCGCGGGGGGUGGCAUACGUAUGGAAUAACAGUGAGCGGGGCGUCUGCAGAGCAGUUGAUGAGGGAUGUUACUGCGAGGGGGGAUUUGGAUUCGGUGAAGUUUCUCGCACAGUUUCUGCCUAGUUCGAUUAAUAGCGAGGUUGAGGGGACGUAUGGUACUGCGCCGAUUAUUCAAGCCGUGAGGAACCAUCGAAUCGAGGUGCUUCGGUUCUUACUUAAAGCUGGCGUGGACCCGGGCCGGGGUGUUAUGUAUAGGGAAGAUACACCCUUGUACCAUGCGGCGCAGAAUGGCAGUGUUGGGGCUGUUCAGCUUCUGCUUGAUAAGGGGGCUCGUGUUGAUCCUCGUAUGGCUUACCAACAGGGCGGCCGCGGACAAUCCCUCGAGAUUCUGGAGACGGCUGUCGCACAUGGUCAUGUCAAGGUUGCAGAGAUCCUAUUGAAAUGCAUCAAGAUCAGAUCCAAGAGUAAAAGCACUCUUAGGGAUAAGGAUACUCUCAUAAUCGCGGCAGCAGCUUGCGGAUUGACCGGUUUUGUUCAGGAAAUCCUUGACCACGUGCACAAGGGAUAUCUAAAACAGCAAAAAGGCGAGCGAACAUUCCUGAGUGAUAUUGCAAGAUUAAAACCACUCACAGUGGCUAUACAAAACGGCCAUAAAGACGUCGUCUCAUUGUUGAUCGAUUAUGGCGCCUGUAUGAAGGAUACUUUCAGGAAUUCACCACUCAUCAGAGCUAUUUCAAAUGGUCAUGUAGAGGUCGUGCAAUUGCUUUUUGAUAAAGGUGCUGCUGAUCUCAGCCAAAAUGAUUUUCUCACACCUAGCAACUAUUUGCCUUCAAGGCAAUGUACCCAUGGCUUUGCUGCUUUGUGCCAUGCAGUACCAUUUCCAUCGGUCUUUCAGCUACUUCUCAAUAAGGGGGCUCAGCCCACAAUCAGGGUGGAAAAAUUGAUAUUGGUGACGGAGGUUGUGCGCUUGGGUAGUGAGGAGUUGGCACAGAUACUUUCUAAGGAAGGCAUUCUGCUGGAGGCAUACAAAGAAGCAGCUGGACAGCAAGUUGAGAAAUUAGGUGAGCAAUCAGGCGAGGAGGAGGCCAUGCAAGCACCUGAACAAGCAGACAAUGAGGCAGUGGGAUCAACAGCAGAACCAACAGCGGAACAAGGAAACAAAACAAUAGGAGGGAAAGCAGGGAGAAAGACACGCAAAAUACGUUCAAUGGUUCAGCAAAUCGGCGCGAACUCCCAGGAGGUGAAAGGAGUCAUGUCAAGAGCUCUUAAUUCCGGCGAUGCAACAAUGGUUAACUACCUCUGUUACCAAGGGUGCAAUCCAAAUCACAAAUGGCCAGCGCAUUUGGGUGGGGGGAAAGCGACGAGCCUAGAGGUAGCAGCAAUGGCAGCUGACCGCGAAAAGGUAGCCACAACACUCGAUGUUUUGCUGUACCACGGCGCCGAUGUCAACCAGUUGCAAGGGGACUGGGAGGCGUAUUACUCGGACGAGAAGUAUUUGACCGCAUUAGAACUUCUUGUUGAGCGUGGGGCCGACGCGGCUCCGCAUACGAGUAAAUGGGGGCGAAAGGUGCUGGCGUUGGCAUCAAGUAAACGACAUCGAAAAACUACACGGUUUUUGUUGUCUGAGAGUUGUAAUCAAGGUGCUUCUUAUGGUGUUGUUGCAGAACUGAUAAAAUCUUGUCAGGAGCGUCUGCGCCAGGGGUGUGACUUGCAAUUUGAGAAGGUCUUGAAAGACGCUUACUGGCGAUCGAUAUACCCAGUUCCAAGGGAGAAGAUUACCUAGGGCAUUGAGCCGACUUGAUACAGAGAAAGAGUGAAUUAUUCCCCUGAUGUAUUAUUGUUGCCUUGCUUCUUACCGU